AUGCUCACACACUUGCAGCAGGAGGUCUCCAGCUCCUACACAACCACAACUGCUACUGUCACCACACCACACUCCAGGCUCCCACAGGGUGGAGAGGACAAGCUGGGGAAGAACCCCCUGCCCGCUGAGGAAGACAUUCGUCCUGAGUUCAAAGAUGACAUCUAUGACCCCAGCUACCAGGACGAGGAGGGCCCCAGGCCCAAGCUCCAGUAUGUCUGGAGCAACAUUAUCCUCCUGGCUCUGCUACACAUCGGAGCCCUGUAUGGGAUCACCUUGGUGCCCAGUUGCAAGUUCCACACCUGGCUCUGGGUGUACUUCUACAGAGUGAUCAGUGGCCUGGGAGUCACAGCAGGAGCACACCGUCUGUGGACCCACAGGACUUACAAAGCCCGGCUGCCCCUGCGGCUCUUCUUGAUCAUUGCUGACACCAUGGCCUUCCAGAAUGAUGUGUUUGAAUGGGCCCGAGACCACCGCGCCCACCACAAGUUCUCAGAAACUGAUGCUGAUCCCCAUAACUCCAGACGUGGCUUCUUCUUCUCUCACGUGGGCUGGCUGCUGGUGCGCAAACACCCGGCCGUCAAGGAGAAGGGUGGGCUGCUGGACCUGUCUGACCUCAAAGCUGAGAAACUGUUGAUGUUCCAGAGAAGGUACUACAAACAUGCUGUCCUGCUGAUGUGCUUCAUCCUGCCCACGUUUGUGCCCUGGUACUUCUGGGGUGAAACUUUUCGACACAGCUUGUAUGUGGCCACUUUCCUGCGUUAUGCAAUAGUGCUCAAUUCCACCUGGUUGGUGAACAGUGCUGCUCACAUGUAUGGAUAUCGCCCGUAUGACAAGAACAUUGAACCCCGAGAGAAUACUUUGGUUUCUCUCUCAACCAUGGGUGAGGGCUUCCACAACUACCACCACUCCUUUCCCUAUGACUACUCCACCAGCGAGUACCGCUGGCACCUCAACUUCACCACAUUCUUCAUCGACUGCAUGGCUGCCCUGGGCCUGGCUUAUGAUCGGAAGAAAGUAUCCAAGGCUGCAGUCUUGGCCAGGAUUAAGAGGACUGGAGAUGGAAGUCACAAGAGUGGCUGAGUUCUGAGUCUCUCAACUUCCUUUUCCAAAAGCCAG